AUGAGUGCUGACGCUGGAGGAAAGACGCUGGUGUUGGAAAACACCGCGCGUCGAGAUGCUCUGAUCGACAUUGAAAAGAAGUACCAGAAGAUCUGGAAGGAUGAAAAGGCCUUUGAGGUCAAUGCUCCUGAGGACCACUCCGAUCUCAACGGCGACGACCUACGUGAGCUGCACCCUAAGUUCUUUGGCUCCAUGGCCUACCCCUACAUGAACGGUGUGCUUCAUGCCGGCCAUUCCUUCACCCUUUCCAAGGUCGAGUUUGCUGCUGGUUUUGCUCGAAUGCAGGGCAAGCGAGCCCUCUUCCCCCUGGGCUUCCACUGCACCGGUAUGCCCAUCAAGGCUUGUGCCGACAAGCUGGUGCGAGAGAUUGAGAUGUUUGGCCCCAACUUUGACCAGAACCUGCCCACCGGCGAGGAGGAGGAGGAGGAGGCCCCCAAGGCUGUGGCCGAGAAGGUGGAUCCCACCAAGUUCAAGGCCAAGAAGUCCAAGGCUGUGGCCAAGGCCGGCACUUCCAAGUUCCAGCACGAGAUUAUGAUGCAGCUCGGAAUCCCCCGAGAGGAGGUAAAGAACUUUGCCGACGCCGAUUAUUGGCUCAAGCACUUCCCUCCUCUGUGCCAGGAGGACUGUGACAACUUCGGCGCCCGAAUCGACUGGCGACGAUCUUUUGUCACCACCGAAACCAACCCUUACUACGACGCCUUUGUGCGAUGGCAGGUGCGAAAGCUCAAGGACCUCGGCAAGAUCAAGUUUGGCGAGCGAUACACCAUCUACUCCGCCAAGGAUGGCCAGCCCUGUAUGGACCACGACCGAGCCUCCGGAGAGGGUGUCAACCCCCAGGAGUACACCGGCAUCAAGAUCAAGGUGCUGGAGUUCCCCGAGGCCGCCAAGGAGACCCUUGCCCAGGUUGGUUUUGAUGUCAACGCCCCCACUUACCUGGUGGCAGCUACUCUGCGUCCCGAGACCAUGUACGGCCAGACCUGUUGUUUCGUGUCCCCCAAGAUCCGAUACGGCAUCUUCGACGCCGGAAAUGGCGAGUUCUACAUCACCACUGAGCGAGCUUUCAAGAACAUGUCGUUCCAGAAGCUGACUCCCAAGCGUGGCGAGUACGCUCCCGUUUGCGAGAUUGACGGUUCCGAUCUGAUCGGUGCUCGAAUCAAGGCACCCCUUGCCGUUCACCCUGAGCUGCGAGUGCUGCCCAUGGAGACCAUUAUCGCCACAAAGGGUACCGGUGUGGUCACUUGUGUGCCCUCCGACUCCCCCGAUGAUUACAUCACCUACCAGGAUCUGCGAAACAAGCCCGAGUACUACAAGAUCCAGAAGGAGUGGACCGAUGCUCAGCCCGUUGGUAUCAUCCAGACCCCCAACUACGGCAACCUGACCGCCGAGAAGCUGGUCCAGGACCUCAAGAUCCGGUCUCCCAAGGACAAGGACCUGCUCACCAAGGCCAAGGAGAUUGCCUACAAGGAGGGCUUCUACCAGGGAGUCAUGUGCAUCGGCAAGUACUCUGGUCAGAAGGUCGAGGAGGCCAAGCCCAAGACCAAGGAGGACAUGGUUGCUGCUGGCGAGGCCUUCACCUACAACGAGCCUGAGGGACCCGUCACUUCUCGAUCUGGAGACGACUGUAUUGUUUCCCUUGAGGAUCAGUGGUACAUGGACUACGGAGAGGAGCAGUGGAAGGAGCGGGCUCUGGAGUGUCUCGAGCAGAUGAACGUCUUCUCCGAGGAGACCCGAAACCAGUUCAAGGGCACCCUUGGCUGGCUCAAGAACUGGGCUCUCUCUCGAACCUACGGUCUUGGAACUAAGAUCCCCUGGGACGACAAGUACCUGGUCGAGUCUCUGUCGGACUCCACCAUUUACAUGGCUUACUACACCAUUGCCCAUUUCCUGCACUCCGACAUUGAGGGUCAGAAGCCCGGUCUUCUGAACGUCACCCCCGAGGACAUGACCGACGACGUAUUUGAUUACGUCUUCCUGCGAUCCGAUACCAAGCCUGAGGGCCUGGACGCUGCCAAGCUCGAUGCCAUGCGACGGGAGUUUGACUACUUCUACCCUGUCGACAUCCGAGUGUCUGGUAAGGAUCUGAUCCCCAACCAUCUGACCUUCUUCAUCUACUGCCACACCGCCAUGUUCCCCAAGCGAGUGUGGCCCAAGGGUAUUCGAGCCAACGGUCAUCUGCUGCUCAACCACGAGAAGAUGUCUAAGUCUACCGGAAACUUCAUGACUCUCAAGCAGAUUGUCGAGAAGUUUGGUGCUGAUGCCUCUCGAAUCGCUCUGGCCGACGCUGGUGACACCUUUGAGGAUGCCAACUUUGACGAGGCCAACGCCAACGCCGCCAUUCUGCGUCUGUACACUCUUAAGGAGUGGGCUGAGGAGAUGGUCAAGGACACCUCUCUGCGAACCGACGGCAACAACUUCCUGGACCAGACUUUCGAGAACGAGAUGAACAUGCUCAUCGAGGAGGCUGCUGCUCACUACGCUGAGUGCAACUACAAGUAUGCCCUCAAGUCCGGUCUGUUCGACUUCAUGUCUGCUCGAGACUACUACCGAGACUCUUCUUCCGCCACUGGCGGCAUGCGAAAGGACCUCGUCCUGCGGUUCAUCGAGUCCCAGGCUCUGAUGCUGGCUCCUGUUGCUCCCCAUUUCGCUGAGUACAUCUACCGAGACGUACUUGGAAAGAAGGGCUCUGUGCAGUCCACUCUGUUCCCCAAGGCCUCCAAGCCUAUUGAUGCCGGUCUGACCGCCUCUCUCAACUACGUCCGGGACCUCUGUCGUGCGGUUCGAGAGGCCGAGGGAGCUGCUCUCAAGAAGAAGUCCAAGAAGGGCCCCUCUUUCGACGCCAAGAAGCCUGCCAAGCUCACCGUCUACGUGGCUUCUGCCUUCCCCGAGUGGCAGUCUGCUUACAUUGACCUCCUUCAGGACGCUCUCAAGAACCUGACCAUCGACACCCCUGCCUUCAAGCAGAACGUGGCCAAACUCGGAGACGUUAAGCGAGGCAUGCAGUACGUGCAGCACAUCAAGUCGCGAAUCAACUCCGGUGAGGCCGCCGACGUCGUUUUCAACCGAAAGCUCGUGUUUGACGAGAUCGAGACCGUCAAGCAGGUCACUGACCUCAUCAAGCGAUCCGCCCAGGCCACCACUUUGGAGCAGCUGCAGCUGGUUUCCAUCAAGGAGGGCGAGACCGAGGGCACUGAUCUGAUCACCGGUGAGAAGGUCGAGGUUCCCAACGUCAAGGCUACCCAGGACGCCGUUCCUGGUUCUCCUGGUCUUACUCUUGCUAACAUUGAGUAA